AUGGCAACGAUCCAGGAAGUGCUCGACCAGGUCGCUGCGCUGCCCACCGCGCCCAAGCCCUACGUCAACCCCUAUGCAGGCCACCGCGCCCUCGCCGAGCACGAGCAGGAACUCCUCGGCGAAUACGCUCGUCUUGCAGACACCAUCCGACGUGUCGCAGCGCUUUCGACCAUUCUCUCGUCCUCCGCUGCUCACGCCGACCUGCUCACGCAGAUGCGCGUGCUUGAGCGCAAGAUGGGGCUCGUCCUUACGCUUUACAAGGCAUCCGUCUGGGCGACCGUGCAGGAACAGGCAGAGAUGGCAGAGGCAGAGGCCAUGGCCGCCGCAGGCGCAGACGCGUACGGCCUCGACAUGCACCCCGACGCCUACAAUGGCGACGGCGCCAAUCCCUACUAUUACAACGCCGGCGCAGCGCCCGAAGAGUCGGCAGACGGGGACGACACCGUCGUCAUGCGCCAGCCAGAGUACUACUGA